CGUUCGCCACUUAGGUCUGCCAAAAAAAGAAAAAUAUCAAUUAUUACACGUGUCCAACAAUGGCCCCCAAAUUUCUUACCCCUUCUCUAUCACUGCCAUUUCCAGUCACUCGAAAUCAACAAGCACGAGACUUGGGAGUUUGGACACAGAGCUCUAAAUUUUGGUUCUCUGGAGGCAAAGUGCAUCAAAUCAAUGGCUGCAAUGGCGGCUUCAAUGGCAACACUUCCCUCAUUGCUCUCCAUCCUCCCUUCUUCUCCUCGUUUAUCUCACUCCUAUCUCUUCCCCCUCUCAAGAAAUUCAAUCUUCAGAGGAUCAGCGGUUCCCAGAGAGCUUCAGUUUCAAAAGAGUGCUUUGUCGCCCAUUAGAGCCAGUUCCUCAAAUGACCCCUCAAGUUCUACCGAGGACAUCUUAUCAGAUUUAAAGGAGAAGUGGGAUGCAGUCGAGAAUAAAAGUACAGUUCUGAUCUAUGGAGGAGGUGCACUGGUCGCACUAUGGCUUUCUUCUGUGGUCCUUGGUGCCAUUAACUCUGUUCCUCUGCUUCCUAAGAUUAUGGAGUUAGUUGGACUUGGAUAUGCUGGUUGGUUCAUAUAUCGCUACCUGUUGUUCAAGUCAAGCAGAAAGGAACUGGUUAGUGAUAUUGAAGAGCUGAAGCAAAAGAUAACCGGAAGUGGCGAAUAACUGGAAAAAUUUCAUUAAAUUAAUAUCCAAUGUAUGCCGUAUUUCAAGCCUUGUAUCAAAGUUUUGUAAUUAUGGGGGAUUGAAUCAUUGCUUAUGUUUUGCAUCCAUGACUAAACUUUCUCUUUCUUCAUUCCCUGAAUAAAUCUUGAUUGAAAUGCUCUGCAAAUCAC